AGGGAUGUCAGUAUCACCCAUGUCGCCAUUAAGAGAGUAUCACCGAACUGUUAGUCGUUUUUCGAGUGUCAAUAUGAUAGCAUAACGUUUUAAACGGCCCUGCGCCUCGGCGCCACAAACCUGCAAUCAUGGCGACCUCACGCAACUCUACCACGCUUAGCCCUACCGGCACAACCACCUCCAUCCAAGAAGCCCUUCUGACACUUGUUCCUCCAGAAGUUAAUUCUUCCCCACAUGAACAUGAUCGACUUGGACAAGCUGAUGGAGCCCUUGCAAGGGCCAGACCUGGCUCUUGCCAGGCUUGAUUUGCCUUCAUGGCUGCUUGGUGACGAAGAUCCUCAACUGGGUUUUUGCCAUGGGGCCAAAGAGAUGCAUUCCCUCACCUCUGGGAGCAAUGGACAUGCCUCUCCUCCAUUCAUCACUUCAGACAUUUCGGACUUGGACAUCUACGACCAAAUUGACUGGAACGAACCCUCCAGUUUAGAAGAAUGCUUCCCUCAUGACCUGAAGCAGCAGCUGCAAACUUUAUCCUCCUGUGACAACUGGGAGUCCAGCACACCCCCGCCCCUUGCAGCUUAUGGAGAACAUGGUGCUGGUGUUGAUGAUCGUGCUCUUACUGGUGUGGAAGUUGCUCCAGAAUCACCGCUUAUUUUGGAUGAUGCUGCUACUCCGGAAGUGUUGCUGCAAUGGUCUGGCGGGAUACCUGCUUUUGUGACGCCCGAAGAAGAUACCACUACUUCUGGAAUUGGUACAUCAGCAACAGUGAUCUCGGUUCCCAUCAGCGAUGCCCUCACCCCUAGCGUACCAGAAGUGAAGAGCGCUCGUCAGCAUGAGGCGGCUCCCAUGUUCAUUGUUAGGACUGUGCCAUCGACCGCCUUCAGUCCGGCACCUCAGAAAAUUGUCAUCAAUUUGAAGAGAGUUUCGAUGGUUCCUAAAACCUCUAAUCCUUGCCAAGAGACAAGUAACGAUGUAGUUAGCAAACAACCUACCACUGCGUCGCGCACUCUAAAGAAUAUUUUUUGCAGCAGCACAGCGGACGAUGAACUUUUGCAAUAUUUCACGCCAUCAGAUAGCCCGCAUCCUUCUGAGCAGAGCCAUACCGCAGACGAGCAGACUUACGUCACCAAUGAGCAGACCUGCGUCAUCGACGAGCAGACCAACAUCACUGAUGAGAUGAUUUGCAUAGGAGAUUCAGGUGAUGAGACGGACUCUGUCGACUACGAACAGAUAUCGCUGUUGUCUCCAAGUGACCAGUCUGUGGAUGCUGAGAUGACGUACGAGGAGCUCACAGAAGACAGUGGCAUCUUCUUGUUGUCUCCCGAAUCCAGAGGAAGCGAAUCGUUUUCGUCUCCUCCUCGCUUCGGGAACAACCAAUUCCUGUUCUCGCCUCACUCCAGCAAUGAAGUAAUGUCGCACUCAAGCAUUACCGCAAAGCCAGUGUCGUCGUCGGUCCGGAAACCGCGUGCCUCACCGUACUCGCCUCUGGAGAAGAAACUGCGCAAGAAAGAACAGAACAAACGAGCCGCGUUGCGCUAUCGUCAGAAGAAAAAAGAUGAGGAGGACACCAUUCUCAUGAUGCUGCAGAGGGAGGAGGACAGACAGAAGGACCUCACUGAGAAAUAUGAUGCGCUGCAAAUGGAAGUGCGGCUCAUGAAGAAAUUAAUGAGGGAAGUUUUUGCUAAAAAGAUUGGCAUGAAAUCCACUAAGAAAGUUUUUUCCUCGUAGAUUGGCAUAAAAUAUUAUGAAAAAAUUGUACCUAACAAAAUAUUUGGUUUUAAAUCAACUAAUAAUCGAGGAAAGAUUUUCCGAAGAUCUUAUAUAUCCAGUUCUGAAGGAAUGCAUGUCUUUGGCCCGAGUUCGGCCUUUCGUUUUUGUUUUCUUGUCCACGCACUAUUUUUCUUAAGGAAGGCUGCAGGAGGAGCUUGGACCAGGAGCCACGCAGCCAUGAUGGCCUCGAGCCGGAACAAUAUUUUGCGUGCUAACCCGUGCCUCUUGUCGCUACAGGUUCUGCUCGUUUAAGCAAGCUCGUUGCAGACUUGAUGGAUGCACGAAAUAAUGAAUUGGAGGUGUACGUAGCACGUUCCUGACGUCAAAAUUACUUGCGCUAACGUAGCAUCGUCAGGUGAAUGAAUUAGUGUCGUAACUUCAUCGCAAUAAUCUCAAUUCAGCGUUCAGUGUUACCCGGGCACCGCCAUUUGUAAUCGAAUUUACGAUCCGUAUAAUUCUUUUCACCUUGCCCAAGAUUCUAAAUCAAAGCUGCAUAUUAUCAUUCAUUAUUGCCGUGCAUUUGAGUGCAGCGCCUGAAGCUUCGGGAGGCACGCGCGUCCUGACCAGCGCCUCCUCGCCACGCUAGUGUAAGAUAAGCAAUGUAUUAGUUUGUUUAGUAAUCUCAUACGUUGGAGUUUGAAGGUCUAUUUCGUAGUUCUUUUUAUACUAAUUCACUGAAGAUUUCAUUAAAACUUUUAGUUUGCCUGGGAUUAGUUCUGUCAUUCUCAUAGUUUGGCUCUGCUGGUGUAUAUUUCUUAAGGACUCACGUCCAGUGUGUCUUGUCUAUAUUUGAGUGAAAGACACCUCAAUAAAAUCCCAUCACUA